AUGGGAACAACUUACAUUUUAUUGUGCCUUAUUCCUUUUUUUUCUGGAAUUCACGAAGCGCAUGCAAUAGUUCCGUCAACCGUACUACCAAUAUCGUUAGACUUGACCGAAUACAUAUCAACAUUUGGUGGAGCAUCUGUUGUCGAAGAUGCAGAUAUGAUUCUCCAGCAAGAAGUUGAAAACAUGGAGAGUGACCUCAGUUUUGGUAUGAGACAAUUGAUGUCCACCCUCAUCGGGUUUCGUGCAAAAUUUCUCGUCGAAGUCAACGCAACUGCUGUGAACCACAAAAAUUUAGAUUUACUUCAGGCUUACCUUGAACUGGACUUCAUACUGUUACAAUAUUUUCUAGAAGAUACUUUUUGCGAUUUGCAUAACUGUGAGAAUGGUGGAGAAUGCCUUCUUAAACCACUGGAUGAGCUACUAACGUAUGACGAAGUUUUACAUCUACAGAGUGAAUUGUUUGAAACAAUGAGAAAGAUUUACAAAAAUCCAAUUGGAUUCUGGCUCUUUCUUGAUCAAUUUUCUUACGUACCGGGAAAAACACCAAACGAUCCACAAGCUUUUCAAGAGAUAUUGCCAUCAGGUGACGUGGCCAUUUUUAUUGCGUUGUCAAUAGGUGUUGGAGCUCCAGACACGCCAGAUCCUCUUGAGAUGUAUCAAUACGACUUUUCGUCUAUUUUCAAUGGGGAGACGUUGGCAAUUCUUGGAAAAAUAUUGGACAUUAUGGCACAUAUAGUAAGCGAUAAAAACGCGAAUCUUGAAGCAAUAGCCGCAACUCUUGUGGAGUGCAGUUGUGAAAAUUGUUUCUCAGGUUCAAAGUGUGAAAAUAUUGUAACGUGCAACAAUUCGACAACGACAGAAAAUUCACUUCUUGCGCAACAACAACUUUGGGGAUGGCAAGGAUCUUAUUACCAAUUAGGAUUAGGUAAUUAAUUGAGACCGGAUUAUAACGGAAUAGUAUUUUUAUCCGACCAGAAAUAUUCGUAAAGCCUAUUUCAACAUCGCAAAUUUGUAAUGAUGAUGUUGAAAUAUUUAUCGUAGGCAUGAAAAUUUCGUUUUCAAAAUCAUUGCAGAUCUGAAAAUAUGAAUUGACAAUCUGUUGCCCGCUAUGCCAGGAGUACUUAGAUAUUUACUGUUCAUUUAUUUACCCCAAUUUCUGGUCGCAGUUUUCACUAUAUAUCAAAAAUUGUUUGUACUACUUUACUAAUUGUACAAACUUUGUCCAUUCAUUUCUUUUUCCUUGUGUGGUAUUUGUUUGCUUAACAAUCGUGAAUUUUCGACAUAAAACUGCAUUGUGAAAUAUG